GACACUUGUGCACUAUUCUUGGCAGUGCAUUGCAAUAUUUUUCACUUUUCACAGUCUACAAAAAGUGGAAGGAUAGUGAAUAUUCCUAGAUUUUCUAUUUUGUCCGCGUGAAUUUACAUAAAAAUGGAUAACUUUGGCAGUGAAAUUGGCCAAAAAAUGAGAAGUGCCGUGAAGGCCAAACUCGUAGAAUUGGGCACUGGAGGCACGGCCGGCUACAUAGACGAUGAACUUCCAGACUAUGUUAUGAUUAUGGUGGCAAACAAGCGUUCCAAACAACAAAUGGUGGCCGACCUUAACCUCUUCUUAGGCUCGCAAACUGAUCUGUUCGUAACUUGGCUGCAUGAGGUGCUUCAAAAGUUGCAAGAAGUCACACUGCCGGCAGUUAAUGCAACAAAAAAGCGCAAAGCCGAACCAAAACCAGACUUGGCCAGCAAAAAGGAUCGUAAGACUAGCAAGAGAGAUAGGAAGACGUCUACAUCAAAAAAAUCAGCCGAUGAGUUGCAAAGUUCCUCCGUAAAUACUACAGAUAAAUCAACAACCGCCACAAGCACAAUAACAUUACCACCCAUCAAUUCAAUUACCGACGUGUUUGCUGAUGUAUUGCUGGAGAAAGCAAAGAAAACACUAAGCACAAAUGCCGAGGCUGCCGCUCACAUUAAAAAGGCCAAAGGUGGCUCCAAAGCUGAAAGUAAUGAAACCGCGGCAAAAAGAGCUACAAAUGAAAAAUCCCUCUCGGAAGCAGAUGCUGCAACCAGCAAGGAACAGCGAUGCAAUGGUGGUGGCGCGGAUGCUGCUGGUGCAAAUAAUAAGAAAGGGAUAUCAAACGCGCCAGUUAGCAGUGGUAAUCGGGAGAAAGAUUUGGCUGAGUUGGCUGAAAUACAAAAAAAAAUAUAUGCAGCUAAAAAACAUUUGCGCCAGCUAGGUGAAUUGGAAGAGAACAGUGAUUAUGAUGAAGACUUCAUUAAUUUAAAAGAAGAUGGCAUGGAUGUGGAUGAGGAAAGCACGAGCCCAAAAGAAGCUGAAAAGGCUACAACUACACAAAAUGAACCAAAAAGCAGUAAGAGAAGAAGUCCGAUUAUUUUCGAUGCAGGAGACAGGAAAACGGAAGGCCCAAAUCCUCCAGCAACAGAGCCAGCAGAAAGAUCCUCAAAUUUCACACCACCUCCUCCAGAAAAAAGCUCAACAAUGAUUAGUACUAGGGAACACCUAGUGCCCAGUAGUGGCGGACGUAGUCAACCACCACCAAAACAGUUAAGUCACGAAAGGGAACGUGAUCGCGAUCGUGAACAUAGUCGAGAACAUGAUAAGUCAUGGGAUCGGGAGCGUGACCGCGAUAAACGAGAAGGACCGGCUGAAGCGCCUAAACGACCAGUGCAUGAACGAUUGGGCUUACGUCCACCAGCAGCUCGCGAACCUCAACCUCCAGCUCGUCGUACACGGGAAGAUAAGCAGUUGUUUGUGCCCUCAUUCCGUAGGAAAGAGAAUGAAAAUGAGCGUGAUAAAGAACGAGAUCGAGAAAGGGAGCGAGAUCGGGAUCGAGAUCAUCUAAAAGAAAGGGAACGCGAACGUGAGAGAGAACGUGAAAGGUUAAGAGAGAGAGAAAGACAGCGAGAGCGGGACCGCGAACGGGAACGAGAACGAGAAAAAAAUCGUAUUGCAGCGCGACCGCGUGGCAGAAGUGAAGAUAGGCGUAAAGAUCGUGAUUUGGAACGAGAACGUGAUCGCCAACGUGAUCGCGCCAGAGGCCGAAGCCGUGACCAAAUUAAUAGACGUAAAGAAAGUGAGACUAGAAUGCGGCGCUCGUUAUCGCCAAUACUACGUCGCACCACAUCUAAUAGCGACAAUCGCACACUGCCCAACAUUACGGUGUCAGCUGUAGUAAAACCACACUAUGCCAAGAAAAAUAUUGCCGAGCAAAAUAAUAAUGGAGAUGAUGAUGAUGAUGAUGAUGAUGAUGGAUCCUCAUCAUCCUCUGAAUCGUCAACGGAUAGCGACGAAGAAGGUAGUGACGAUGACGACGCGGCAUCCUCACAUUCGCCACAGACACACCGUCAGCGUAUUGGGUCGCGUGUUAUAGUGGCGCCAAUUAAACAAGUCGAAUCAUCCGAGGAAGAAGAGAAACCUUUGAAUUCUAUAAUAAAAAUUAAGCCUCGUGCGCCAGUGUCACCCAGCAAGCAGGCUUGCAAAACGUUGCUACUGCGUGCCGUUGCCGAAGCGCAACGUUCCACUGUUAUGAAGUCACGAAACAAGGAACCGAAGGUGGUACCAAUUGUUAAGGGUAACAUCGUGAAAGAUCCUACUGAUGAGCGUAAACUCUACACCAAAGCAUAUCGCGAGCGACUAAAACGGGGCGCCAAAGUCACCUCCACUUCGUCAACCACUUCAAAUUUAUUCAGGCGCGCAACACAAAAUCUUGUAAUCAAAGUGGAAAGCGAU